CAACGACGAAAACAAUUGGCAACAAAGGCUGCUCGAAAGAGCGCACCUGCUACUGGCGGAGUGAAGAAACCACAUCGUUACAGACCUGGCACCGUCGCUCUUCGUGAGAUCCGCCGUUACCAGAAAAGUACAGAGCUCCUGAUCCGAAAGCUGCCAUUCCAACGUCUGGUUCGAGAAAUUGCGCAAGAAUUCAAGACCGACCUUCGAUUCCAGAGCUCCGCCGUGGUGGCCCCAGAAGAAGCCAGGGGGGCAUUUCUAGUGGUUCUUUUCGAAGACACCAACCCGUGUGCCAUUCACGCCAAAUGUGUAAUCAUCAUGCCCAAAGAUAUCCAACUUGCCCGUCGCAUCCGUGGCGAACUCGCUAGGAAGCCCCCGGAAAGCGCAUACCCUCGCCAAGCCGCAAAUUCGCCCCUUAAUUUUAUAUACAUUAUCAGAUUCCUUGACCAUGAAACAUACACUCAGAAUUUGAAAUUAUACUAA